AUGGUGUGUGUAAAGGAAGUAACAUACAAGCCCGAUGACAAGGAAGUAACAUACAAGCCCGAUGACAAGGAAGGAACAUACAAGCCCGAUGACAAGGAAGUAACAUACAAGCUCGAUGACAAGGAAGGAACACACAAGCCCGAUGACAAGGAAGGAACCUACAAGCCCGAUGACAAGGAACCCGAUGACAAGGAAGUAACAUACAAGCCCGAUGACAAGGAAGGAACAUACAAGCCCGAUGACAAGGAAGGAACAUACAAGCCCGAUGACAAGGAAGGAACAUACAAGCCCGAUGACAAGGAAGGAACAUACAAGCCCGAUAACAAGGAAGUAACAUACAAGCCCGAUGACAAGGAAGGAACAUACAAGCCCGAUGACAAGGAAGUAACAUACAAGCCCGAUGACAAGGAAGUAACAUACAAGCCCGAUGACAAGGAAGGAACAUACAAGCCCGAUGACAAGGAAGGAACAUACAAGCCCGAUAACAAGGAAGUAACAUACAAGCCCGAUGACAAGGAAGGAACAUACAAGCCCGAUGACAAGGAAGGAACCUACAAGCCCGAUGACAAGGAAGGAACACACAAGCCCGAUAACAAGGAAGGAACAUACAAGCCCGAUGACAAGGAAUGA